CCGCCCGCGCGCGCCAAGCCCCGCCCACGCGCAGGCAGCGUCUCUUCCGAUUGGGCAGCGCCGCCAGGCCGUCGGCGUGGGGCGAGAGUCGUCGCGUCCGGGUGACGUCUCCCGCGGGCGUCGGGAGGGGUCGUCGGCGUCCGCAGCAGUGUCGGCGGCCGCGGCGGCGGGUGGGAAAUGGCGGAGUAUUUGGCCUCCAUCUUCGGCACCGAGAAAGACAAAGUCAACUGUUCAUUUUAUUUCAAAAUUGGAGCAUGUCGUCAUGGAGACAGAUGCUCUCGGUUGCACAAUAAACCGACCUUUAGCCAGACCAUUGCCCUCUUGAACAUUUACCGUAACCCUCAAAACUCUUCCCAGUCUGCUGACGGUUUGCGCUGUGCUGUGAGCGAUGUCGAGAUGCAGGAACACUAUGAUGAGUUUUUUGAGGAGGUUUUCACAGAGAUGGAGGAGAAGUACGGGGAGGUGGAGGAGAUGAACGUCUGCGACAACCUCGGAGAUCACCUCGUUGGGAACGUGUAUGUCAAGUUCCGCCGUGAAGAAGAUGCGGAAAAGGCCGUGAUUGACCUGAACAACCGCUGGUUUAAUGGCCAGCCGAUCCACGCUGAGCUCUCCCCUGUGACUGACUUCAGAGAAGCCUGCUGCCGCCAGUACGAGAUGGGGGAGUGCACGCGGGGAGGCUUCUGCAACUUCAUGCACCUGAAGCCCAUCUCUCGGGAGCUGCGGCGGGAGUUGUACGGGCGCCGCCGUAAGAAGCAUAGAUCGCGGUCCCGCUCUCGGGAGCGUCGCUCUCGGUCUAGAGACCGUGGCCGCGGCGGCGGCGGCGGUGGCGGCGGGGGACGGGAGCGCGACAGGAGGCGGUCGAGAGACCGAGAGAGAUCUGGGCGGUUCUGAGCCGUGCUGUUCUUGCCGCGUGUCUGCUGGGAAGUGUCGUCCGUCGUUGGUUGACCGAGCCAGUUCAUAAUGGGAGUUUUUUUUAAAAAAACAACAAAAAAAACAAAGAUGGGUUUCUGAAUAAAAUUUGUAGUGAUACAG